AUGAGAAAAUCACUCGACAGGAAAUCACCAACUCCAACCGAAGGUCUUUCUAAUACCUCUGACAACGAGAGAAGAUUUUCUCUUGGUAAAGAAGAAGAGGAAUCAUUUGUUGAGACUACCAGCAACAAUGUGGAUAACAACAACCGCACUCCUUCUGAAACACAACAACAGAAUGAGCGGUCGCAAACAUCAACUACAGCAGCUCCAAUCAACAACACUAGUGUUAUUCCGAGUAGUGUGGGAAAGACAAUUCCUCCAGUCUAUGAUGACGUGAAUGCUACUCCUGCUGAAUUACAAAAUCUCGUAGGCUACAAAUCAAAUGGUGUGGAUGACUCGUUGCUGAGAAAGUAUAUUUUAAAUCCGUACAUUUAUGAAACAAGUAUCAAAUUAUUCCCAAAUUGGAUUGCUCCAAAUAUGAUCACUUUAACUGGAUUUUGCUUUGUUUGCAUCAGCUUUUUCUUUUCGUACAUUUAUACUUGGGGAGGAUUCCACAUGUACUAUUGUCAACACGUUCAUUUUCUUGGUGAAGUUGGAGGAAUGAAAUCCAUCAUCCCAAAUACCACUUAUCACCAAAUUGCUACUUCAUGUGUUUCGGAACAAGUCGAUUUCUUUUCAGAGAGAAACUUAACAUCUCCUUUUAAUGCCUCUCUUUCAACACUGGAAAAUUUCAACAAAAACUUUGUCACAAAUACGUUCUUAAUGGGUUAUCUGCCACGUUGGGUGUUUUUCAUUAAUGCACUCUGCAUUUUCCUUUAUCAAACGUUCGACAACCUGGAUGGAAAACAAGCAAGAAACAUGAAACAAAGCUCACCUCUUGGCGAGAUGUUUGAUCAUGGCGUUGACGCUUUGACAUGCACGUUGGGAGGAAUGGCCUUUUUAGCAACCGCAGCAGCCGGAAAUUAUGGUGUUUGGACAUUAUCAGACACUUUCAGUAUUGAUGUGAAAUGGUUUUAUUUAUUACUACUCCUAUUCUCGGGAGAUUUACCAUUUAUUACAGCAACAUGGGAGGAAUCACAUAUUGGAUAUUUAUACUUGGGUUAUGUCAAUGGUCCUAUCGAGGGCGUUUUGUCAAUUGUUUUUUCUCAAUUAAUUGGGUUAUUUGCUGGUGCCUGGAUUUUCCAAUGGCAACCUCUAGGGUUUGUUUGGGAGUACUGCCCACCAGUUCAUUUGAUUUGCAUUCUUGGAUCAUUCUCUCUUGCAAUUGUUUCUGCCAUCAUGAAUAUGAAAAAAGUGUGUUUCAAAGAGAGAUCUCUCAAACCAAUUAUUGAACUUUUCCCAUUUUUUUGCUUUAUUACAUUCAUUAUUCUAGCAUUCUUAAUUAAUACCCAAGCACUAAACACUAUUCCGCUUGUUGCUCUAUUGGGCUUUUGCUUCCAAUUUGGGUAUCUCUCAAGUAACAUUACUUUAUCUCAUUUAUUGAAAAGAAAGCUUCCAAAUGUCCUCGACAUUAGAUAUGUCAUUAUUUUUGCGCUUCAAUUAUGCAGCGUAUUUGCUGGAGUAUGGGGACUUGCGUUUUACACAGUAGUUACUGCUUUAAUUUACUUCAAUUUUGUGCUAAGUGUUUGUCACACUGUGGCUGGAUUUUUAAGAAUUAAUGUGUUGACUAUUACUCCUCCAAAAACAAUUGUAGAGGCCCCAGUUACCUCUUCGACGAAUACCUUGGCAAACCAUUAA